AGAGGCAGCCAGAAAGAGAGGGAGAGAGGGAGAGAGAAAGCAAGCGCUGGCAGAAGGACGAGGGAGGCUGCUUUGGUAUUGCCCUCUUGCAAAAGGAUCCUCGCAGCAGCAACAGCAGCAGGAGAAGCUCCUCUCCUCUCCUCUCCUCUCCUCUCCUCUCCUCUCCUCUCCUGCAGCGACGUUGCCGCCGGUGCAUCCUCCAAGCCUGGCUCUCUCCCUCCCUCCCUCCGCCUGACUCGUGUAAUUGCUGCCUCCCCCUCCCCGUUUCCUUGCCUUCCUCCGGCUCGGCGCUUCAGGUGCGGCGCCCCUCCGGAGCCUUACAGACAACAGAUCAGAGCUUCAGAUUUCAGGCCGGAGGAAUCGCCAUGCUUCCCUUCUUGAUGAGAAAUGUUCUAGAAGCUCAAGGCAGCCAAAUGUCCAUCCCGAUGAAACAGUGAUGAUGGGAAGCUGCUUGCAUUUUUACCUUGGAAAGGAACUCUGAAUGGAUUUGCCAUGGUGACAUGAAAAAAGCUAAGGAUGGAUAACGGACUGUCAGAAGGGCGAUACCACGCCCGUGAUCCCUCUUGGUGAAAUUAUCCCUAGCCUUUCCUGAGGAUCUGGAGGGAGGAAGGGGGGGCAGGGUGGGAGGGGAGGGGGACGCAACCUGAACACUCUCCCAAAGCAAGGAUGACUCUGGUCAGGCUCCGGAGGAGUUUCCGGCAGGUGUCUCCUCAGGUGGUGCUCUUCCUGCUGUUUGCUUUCUGCUUGCUCAGUGUUUUUGUCUCAGCCUACUAUUUAUAUGGGUGGAAGCGAGGGCUGGAGCCAUCAGGGGACAUCCCAAGCCCAGACUGUGAUGAACCGAAGAUUGCCCCUUCGCGCCUCCUCCCAUUAAAGCCCAUCAAAGUGGUGGAUUCUUCCCGCACAGACCCUUUGGUCCUUGUGUUUGUGGAAAGCCUGUACUCUCAACUGGGCCAGGAGAUUGUGGCUAUCUUGGAAUCCAGUCAUUUCAAAUACCUGACGGAGAUUGCUCCAGGGAAAGGGGACAUGCCCACACUGACUGACAAAGACCGAGGGCGUUUUGCACUGAUCAUCUACGAGAACAUCCUGAAGUAUGUGAACCUGGAUGCCUGGAACCGGGAGCUGUUGGACAAGUACUGUGUUGAGUAUGGCGUAGGAAUCAUUGGCUUUUUUAAGGCCAAUGAGAACAGCCUGCUGAGUGCUCAACUGAAGGGCUUCCCCCUCUUCCUCCACUCCAACCUUGCGCUAAAGGAUUGCAGUAUCAAUCCCAAAUCACCACUCCUGUACAUCACGCGGCCCAGCGAGGUGGAGAAGGGGCUCCUUCCAGGGGAGGACUGGACAGUCUUUCAAUCAAACCAUUCCACCUAUGAACCAGUUCUCCUGGCUAAAACUAAGUCUGCAGAGUCUAUCCCACACAUGAGCAUCGAUGCGGCACUCCAUACCACUGUAGUACAGGACUUGGGCCUUCAUGAUGGUAUCCAGAGAGUCCUUUUUGGCAACAACCUCAACUUUUGGCUGCACAAACUGGUCUUUGUGGACGCGGUCUCUUUCCUUACUGGCAAGAGGCUUUCCCUCCCGCUGGACCGCUACAUCUUAGUAGACAUUGAUGAUAUCUUUGUUGGCAAGGAGGGUACGCGAAUGAAGGUGGACGAUGUAAAGGCUCUGUUUGAUACCCAGAAUGAACUGCGCACCCACAUCCCAAAUUUCACCUUCAAUCUGGGUUACUCAGGGAAAUUCUUCCACACAGGUACCGAUGCAGAGGAUGAGGGAGAUGACCUGCUGCUGUCCUAUGUGAAGGAGUUCUGGUGGUUCCCCCACAUGUGGAGUCACAUGCAGCCUCACCUCUUCCACAACCAGUCUGUGCUGGCCGACCAAAUGACCAUGAACAAAAAGUUUGCUGUUGAGCAUGGCAUCCCCACUGACAUGGGAUAUGCAGUGGCACCCCAUCAUUCAGGCGUGUAUCCGGUCCAUGUUCAGCUCUAUGAAGCCUGGAAGCAGGUCUGGGGCAUCAGAGUCACAAGCACUGAAGAAUAUCCUCACCUCAAACCCGCUCGCUAUCGGCGAGGUUUUAUCCACAAUGGAAUCAUGGUCCUCCCACGACAAACAUGUGGCUUGUUCACUCAUACCAUCUUCUACAAUGAAUAUCCCGGUGGCUCCAGUGAACUGGAUAAGAUCAUUAAUGGAGGCGAACUGUUUCUGACUGUGCUACUUAAUCCCAUCAGUAUCUUCAUGACUCACCUCUCCAAUUAUGGGAAUGACCGUCUCGGUUUGUACACCUUUAGACACUUGGUCCGGUUCCUCAACUCCUGGACAAACUUGAAGUUGCAGACACUGCCACCUGUGCAGCUGGCACAGAAGUAUUUCCAGAUAUUUUCUGAGGAGAAAGAUCCUCUUUGGCAAGAUCCCUGUGAAGACAAACGCCACAAGGAUAUUUGGUCCAAAGAGAAGACCUGUGAUCGGUUUCCCAAGCUGCUAAUCAUUGGCCCCCAGAAAACAGGUACUACAGCUCUCUACCUGUUCCUGGGGAUGCACCCUGACCUGAGCAGUAACUAUCCCAGUUCGGAGACUUUUGAAGAGAUUCAGUUCUUCAAUGGGCAUAAUUACCACAAAGGCAUUGACUGGUACAUGGAGUUUUUCCCCAUCCCUUCCAACACCACUUCUGACUUCUAUUUUGAGAAGAGUGCCAAUUAUUUUGACUCGGAAGUAGCACCCAGGCGGGCGGCCGCACUACUUUCCAAGGCUAAAAUAAUCACCAUCCUCAUUAAUCCAGCCGAUAGAGCAUACUCAUGGUAUCAGCACCAACGGGCACAUGAUGACCCAGUUGCCCUGAAGUACACCUUUCAUGAGGUCAUUACAGCUGGGCCUGAGGCCUCUCAGAAGCUCCGGACGUUGCAGAAUCGCUGCCUUGUGCCAGGCUGGUAUGCCACCCACAUUGAACGCUGGUUGAAUAAUUUCCAUGCCAACCAGAUUCUUGUUUUGGAUGGCAAAUUGCUACGCACAGAACCAGCUAAAGUAAUGGAAGUAGUCCAGAAAUUCCUUGGCGUGACAAACAUCAUAGAUUACCACAAAACUUUAGCGUUUGAUCCCAAAAAAGGAUUCUGGUGCCAACUACUGGAGGGAGGAAAAACCAAGUGCUUGGGCAAAAGUAAAGGACGGAAGUACCCAGAGAUGGAUUUAGAUUCAAGAGCUUUCUUGAGAGACUAUUAUAGGGACCACAACAUAGAGUUAUCCAAGCUACUGUAUAAAAUGGGCCAGACACUGCCAACGUGGUUGCGAGAGGAACUCCAGAAUACUAGAUAACCACUUUGUAUCUGUCCUGUAUUGAGCAAUAGUAAAGUGAGUCCAUGGUGAGGAUCUCAGAAGUGUACGCCGAGACAAAAUGACAUGAUACAGUGGGGGUUGUUCAGCCAGGGAAGAAGCAUUUUGAGCAAUAUCACUCAUGGUCGUCUGGUGGCAAAUGGAAAAAUGGGCCCAUAGAGUUAACAUUGUAGCUUGGAAGAAGUCAACCACCUGAAACCUGCCGGAGUUGAACACUAGCUAUGUCCCAGAGGCCAAGUCAACAUUACACAGACCUCGUCUGCCUUCCCUAGGAGCCAUGCUUUACUGCUAGAAUUGAGGCUGCCUCCCAGUCUGUAAUGCCACUUCCUGGUGAAGAGAAUCCAUGAUGGAUCUGCUCUUUUCUCCACACUUCAGUCCCAACAUCUGAUAUAGUAUUACAGCCAGAAGUCUCCUUCUCCUCACAUGGCGGAGUUAAGAAAAUGGCAUCACUACAAGAGCGGAUUAGUAAUAGUUCUUGCACCGUAUCAGUUGAGAGAGGGACAUCACGAGUAAUAUGAACUUGGAACCAGAUGCAGGCCCUGCUGCAAGCUCGGACCUAAUUAUGCAAUUUGGACUCAGACUGAGACUGGACUGAGAUGGUGUUAAUGGAGUACAGUUCUUAGCAAAAAGAGAUGUUCUGUUUGUUUCGUUUUUUUUAAAUACAAGGUGACUUUGAAAGACUUUGGUGCUGGCAAUAUUUAGAUUAUCCCAGAUGGAUUAUUUAUUUCCAUCUUCUUAUUUUAAGGUUGUAAUUGGGUGAAGGGGGAGGAAUAUGGGUGGGAUUAACCAUUCACCUGGCAAAGUGCUUAGUGCAGGAGAUCUUGCUCCAGAAAGUUAUCCUGCCAUGUCCUUCUCAUACGUCUCUCUCUACAUUUUAAACACAAGGUAAUUCCUAUGGUUGAAGACGGGGAUUAUUCUAGCUACUUCUAGUACACAUGACCUACCAGCUCAGAAUAACACAGUGUUAUCCAGAUUUGAAUUAUGUGUGUUGAAAAGAUUGCUUACAAACAGUGAAGUUCUAAAGCAUUAUAACAACAGUCUUUUAGUAACUUCUGUCUUAAGCUUUCUUUUGUGGGGCAGGGACAUUCCAGAGUUGUGUUUCAGGUAAUAGGGGUUUAUUUUACUCCCUUUUAUAAUUGAAAAGUGGCCCCUUGAUUAGUUCAUAUGCUGCCAUGAAGUCCUUGUAUGAGAAGGACAUUAAGGGUUGAGUCUAUUCCCACAAGUUGAGCUGAGUCCUCCCUUCCAGUAUUUCCAAUUGGAGCUGGAACUGAGAAAGCCUGUUAAAGACAGCAGCUGUAGUUUGUAACAUGUAUAUGUAUAUAUAAUGAAUUUACAAACAGGCUAUGGGUGGUAGUGUCAUUGGGUAUAUGAAUGGGUUCUUGCUCAUUAACAUGUUGAGGAGAACAACAAAUGGUUUUGUCAAUUUAUACUCAUUCAGCCUUCCUCAUGACUUCAUGGGAGAAAGUAUGUAAGCCUUGCUGCUCAUUGGAACUGGGAAGCCUGAGAGGUUGGAGGAGUCAAAGAAUUUUCAGAAAGGCUCCUUAGUGGUGGGAUUCAUGCUCUAGAGUAUAACAGUCCUUUGAGAUAACAACCCCAAAAAUCCUUAAUUGUAAAGCCAGUGGAAUGGGCUUGCUAGAUCAGGAACUCAAGUGUAAGCAUAGAAAAUGUACUGGAAUGGGGAGAGGGGGUUUAUUGAUGUUUAUCUCACCAGAUCGCCUUUGUGCUAUUGCUUGAGAUCUACCCGAAAGCAUCUAGCUGGUCAUUGCUGGAAACAAUGUGCUGAACUGGCUGGAUCCAGAUGGUGUUCUCUUUCCUCCUUUCUCCUAUGAAGUAUCCUUCAUACUAGCUACCAUCUGAUGGUUGCCAGUCAAAUACUGUCUUCCCCUCCACUGUGCCUGAGCGCCAUCUCAUGGGUCAGCCUAAAAAUUACAGAUGGCCUUUCAUUUUUUCUCAUUGCUUUUGUUUAAACAGCUGUAUCAAUAAGAGAAAUGCAACCGGAAUACAAGAAGCAUUUCAGAAUUUGAAUUGGAGUGCUGUCGUGAUAAUGCCUCUUUUAAAAAUAGUAUUUCACCUGUGGCCUUCUAUACCAAGAGACUUUGAAAAUAUGCUGGCAGCGAAAAGAUGUUUUCUCCCUAGGCACAUAAGUCCAGAUAAACCACUUUUCCAUGUAGGAAGAUCAUAGCAAACUGCACUGAUGUAGGGUUUCCUACACCUGAUAUAUGUAAGGAGCAGGAAGUUGGUAGGUGCAUUUGAGCAUUUACUGCUGACAUGACUCCAAGCCCACAUGAGAAACCUAGUAUAUGAAGUCUGUACAUUUUCACAAUGUGAAAGGAGACGGUGGACCUUCCUUAUUCGCAAACUGAGUGACUCGGCAGAGGUAUUGUAACCAUGAUUGCUAGAACAGAGAUGCUCCAGCCUGAGAAGAGUGAGAAGGAUCCUUGCCGUGCCCUGGUGUGUUUCUGUUUGAGAACCUUUUCUUGGAGGAGAUGACAACUGGGCUUCACUGCUCUUCCAAACAUAUUGGCAGUGAUUAUCUGAAAUUAAGUUUAUAAUUCAGUUCAACAAUGUUUCAGUUUAGAGCAAGAGAUGGGUUUAGUGAAAUGGAUUCUACACAACACUGUUAUGCUCCUUUACCCGUGGAAUGUAAUUUGCAGCUUAAGAGAUGGAGACUCCUUAAAACCCCAGUCCCGUUCCUGACCUGGUUGUCUCUGUGGGCUCCCCUCUCAGAUGUGUAAAUGGACAUCCAAGCCUCAUUUGUCUGUCUGAAGGAUGAGUGCGAAGGCCCUUGGGAGAGACCUCCAGAAACCACUUUAGCAGAUGAGCUGCAGCAGGCAUUGUUCAUGCUCAUGCGUACUGCUGUCUCUGUCUUUCUUAAAUAACAAAAUGAUGUAGAAGUCUUAGAAGCUUAAUGCUAGCUCCUGAAACAUGCAUUCUACAAAUGUAUGGCAUCACAUCGCCAAAGUGACAACUGCAACUUAAACAGAAAAAAACCCUAAAGUUACAUAAGCUCAUUGUUUGGGAAAGUAUUAAUUUAAACUGCUCUCAUGUGCUGAUGUGAUUUAGCCUAUAAUGAGUGAAGAGAAAUUUGCCUCUCCCACUUGGUCAGUCAGUCAGCAAGCGUCACAAGGCAACAUUUUCCCUAGUUGAGCAGACUUUAAGAAGGACAAAUUUUGUAUUAUUGCAGUGCUUUCUUUUUUCCAUAAUGAAAGGAGGAGCCCUUGAGGGGUUUCCAUUUUUAUGUUUGCAUGAGAUUCUGUAUGGUUUCCCAUUGACUGAAGGGUAUCUUCAUGGUGGGAGGGAGGAAUGAGGACGGAAUACUUUUAAGAGUCUUUCUCCCAUAUUUUUAAUCUGUACUUGAACUCAUUUUGGGUUCAGAAAAUUGUGUCACUAAUGUAAGGUCCUGUUGAACUAACUGCUAAUAAAAUGGGGUUAUCUGUUUUUAGA